AUGUAUGAGCAAUUGCCAGUGCCCUACGGCCUGGUCAGGUUUGGUGUAGCACCAGACCAUCCGGAGGUCAAGAACUGUCAGGGCACAUUCGAGGAGGUAGCGCAGUCGCCGCGCUUCAACUACAUUGGCAAUGUGCGUGUAGGCCACGACAUCGAGCUGCUGAAGAUGAAGCCUCACUACGAUGCUAUGCUGUUCUCGUACGGUGCAGAUGAGGACAGAAGACUGGGCAUACCUGGAGAGGAUCUGAACGGCGUUUUCUCUGCGAGAGCAUUUGUGGGGUGGUACAACGGGCUGCCGCAGUUUCAGAACUUGCAGCCAGACCUGCAGAGCGGAGAGCACGCCGUAGUUGUUGGACAAGGAAAUGUGGCAUUAGAUGUUGCGCGCAUUCUCCUGGCGCCCUUGGAUCAUCUCAGGAAAACAGACAUUACAGAGCAGGCCAUUCAGACCUUGGCAGAGAGCAAGAUCAAGCACGUCAGGGUAGUUGGCAGGCGGGGGCCUCUACAAGUUGCGUUCACAGUCAAAGAAGCUCGCGAGCUCAUGAAAAUUCCUUAUGUUGCCUUCCACAACAUCGAUCGAUCCUUCUACCCCGCCGAAAUCAAGAAGCUGCCUCGAGUGCAGAAGCGCACCGCCGAAGUCCUGCUAAAAGGCAGCAUAGCCACACCAGAGGAGGUUGAACGAUCAUGGACACUUGACUUCUUGAAGGCACCUCGCUCAAUGAAUGCUGAAGAAGGAUCGAAUCACCUCUCGUCCAUGACGUUCUGGAGGCAGCAAUUCCUACCCGAUGCCGAUCCACUCGACCCCUCUGCACGUGUACAAGCCACAGAAGAGGAAAUGACAGUUCCUGCCUCGCUCGCAUUUCGAUCAGUGGGCUACAAGUCUACGGCUAUACCUGGCCUUUCCGAUUUAGGCGUGCCCUUUGACUCAAAACUUGGCAUCAUACCGAACGAUAUCCACGGGCGAAUUGUCUCACCGAGUGUCGGCCCUGGUAGUCUGACUGCUGGUCACAUUCCCGGUCUGUACUGUGCAGGAUGGGUGAAGCGCGGUCCCACUGGAGUCAUUGCCAGCACAAUGCAAGACGCUUUUACGUCUGCGGACAUUAUUGCGCACGACUGGGAGAACAAUGCGAAGUUUCUGAACGAUUCAAAUGGUCCAGACAAGAGCACACACCUAGGCUGGGUUGGUGUGAAGGCCGAGGUCGAGUCCAAAGGCGUGCGACCUCUGAGCUGGGCUGAUUGGAAGAAAAUCGAUGAAGCAGAAAGAGUGCGCGGAAAAGAGAAGGGCAAAGAACGGGAGAAGUUUGCGAGUGUCGCUGAGAUGCUGAAAGCUCUCGACGCUUAG